AUGAGCUCCGAGUCUCGCAAAGCCACCGGGGCUAGCGGAAAAUCUAAGCGGCGAUACACCGACGUUGACGAGGAUAGUCGGCAAAACCUCCCAGACGAAAAUGCGGCCCAUCCCAAACGACAGCGCGUAUCGCGCGCAUGCGAUAGUUGUCGCUCGAAGAAGGACAAAUGCGACGGCGCCCAACCGGUGUGUUCGACCUGCGCAACGCUAUGCCGACCCUGCACUUAUAAGGCAAACCCGAAGAAACGCGGCCUGCCGACGGGAUAUAUUCGCUCACUCGAGCUACUGUGGGGACUGGCCUUUCAGAAUAUUCGGGGCAGUGAAGAUGUGAUGCGCGCAUUGAUGAGAUCAAUCAACAUGCCCAGUCACUUGGCUACAAUGGGAAAAGAGGCGGAAAGUUCGGACACAUUGAUGGCGUCUUUCAAGAACAGCACCGUCCUGAGAGACAUCGAGCGCGUGCUGGUGGUGUUGGAACUGCCCGAGGAGGAAAAGCAGCGAUCUCUUCAAGCUUGGGGAGAAGGCGACACGCCGCUCGAUAUUGAUUCCAUUCUCGCCUCCUCCGAGGCCCAGGAAUGGCAGAUGCCAGAGGGGUUGGAUAUUCGGGAGACACCAUUACCCGCGGGCGUUUCACCAUCUCACCGUUCUGCUAUCAAACAUACGACAUCUCGCCCCAGCCGUGACUGUGGUACUCAGACACCUUCUAAUGAUGGCCCGAGCGGCGAAGCCUACUCUGCCUUUGCCAUUCCCCACACUCCCGGCCAAUCUCCAACGAAAUCCUCUCUCCAGCUUCCCUACAAUGCCUGGCCCCUUCUCGACAUCUACUUUUCUUACACCCAAUGCUGGUUUCCUAUUUUGGAGAAACAUGACAUCCUUCGAACAGCAUUCCAAUAUACAGAGGGCGAUGUGUAUAUCUCCCGCUCUGUUCCCGGGUCUGGAGAUCAUGCGGCCUUGUGGGCCGUGCUGACGCUGGCCUCACUUCAAGAUACGUCCAUCACUGCCACCCGACCGUUGGACGAUCGACCGUCUGUAGAUCCGUCUCGGCUGUACAGCACAUCUAGAGACCUGAUCCCACCCGAGGAUGGGCCUCAUGAAGUCGGCCAUGUUCAAGCUCUGCUGAUUUUGUCCCUCAUCAAAUUUGGACAGCAGGAGUGGACUGCUGCGUGGAUGCUUGUUGGACAGGCUGUACGAAUCGCACACACCCUCGGUCUUGAUCGACCAUCUUUCUCAGCCGAGCAAGACAAACAAUCAGGACGAGGCAAGCAUGUGUUUUUGGGAUGCUUUGUUCUUGAGACCCUGAUUGCGGAACAGACCUCACAGUGCCCGUCUUUGCGGAAAGCCGACCUAGCAAGGGUCGGAUCGAUAAACGAAGAUGGACUGGAAGAGUGGCAUCCAUGGGAAGAUCAAACUGGACUCCGUCCUACCCAGUCCGCGCGUGCUUCUCUGCAGCGCGGACCACUUCAUGCCUUGAGCACUUUCAACCGUCUAGUGUCCCUUGUCUCCAUAUUAAACGAGCUGUGUUGUUACAGACAAGACCCAACCGUGUCUCGGUCCCAACUGGAGUCACUCGAUCUCCAAUUGCAACGCUGGGUCGCGUCCCUCCCGAAAAGCUACAGGGUGGACCUACAAAGCCGUCCUAUCAGACUGGCAUCGCCACACAUCUUCGGGCUUGAGAUGAUCUACGAGAGCAUCGUCACAACAUUGAGCCUGCAGAUCGCCUCCCGUGAAUACAAUCAAAAUCUACUAGACAUGCCUCAUAGGAUGCGGGCUAUGCAGAGUUCGAGUCGGUUAUUGCAAUUGCUUAAUGUCUACAUGGAAACCUACAGCAUAUCAGCCACCACCCCGACUCUCGGGAUGAUUCUCAGAUACGGCCUCCCCCAUGCGUCGUCCAGAGAUUCCCCAUGGAACCUCGAUUUAGGUCUUCAGAACAAACUUCAAACUUCUUCCUCACACCUCUCUCUGCUUUGGUCCCCGCCAGAUAGACAUGGUGGAGGCCACGGCCCUCAAUAUGCUGGCCCAUCUCCAACGGCUUCUCAGCAUCUGAGUGCCACCGCAAGUGAGGAUCCGAACCUGCAGGGUGACCUACGGCGAACUGCGACUUCUCAACACUUGCCCCCUCCAAGCGAGGGCCGUGCUUCCCGAAGCAACGCCAAUGCGGCUGUUGACCCAUUCCUCUCGUCGCCCUGGCUUCGAGCUACACAGCCCUCACUCCUGCCCACCCCCACUUCGUCCUUGACCACCGUCGGCGGCCCUGAUAUUCCACCACAGCCCGGUCAUUUGGACAGUGCCUUGGGCAGCGGACUCCGGCCAUCUGUCUCUGGUCCCUCCAAAUCCCCACCCGCACCUGGCAUACUCCCCGAACUCUCCCCUUCUUUCCAUGCCACCGGACAGUAUCCCCCGACAUAUCACGAUCCUUCCCUCGGUCUCGGUUCGUUUGUUGAUAUGGACGCCUAUGGACCCUCGCAACGACAGCGGAUCGCCCCAGACCUCGACGCGCUAUUUGACGAGCUGGCAUCAUUAGAUGGCGCUGAAAAAGCCGACAAUCAGCCGGAGUUCAUGCAAAACCUCGGAUUUGUCUCCGAUUCUGGGAUCCCAGAACUUUACUCUUUUUCGGGCCAAAUCGAGCCAUUUCUCCUAGCGCAGACUCAGCAGCUGCCUAGCAACGGGCCGUCACAUGCCGUGCGACGAGAAUCGCAGCCGUUGAGCAUCUCCGCGGCACCGGAACGAUAA